AUGUCAAUUGUUGCCAUUAAGAACGCGGUGGUCAACCUGGUAAGCAAGAAGAGCGAGAACGCGCCGCUCCUUUCCAAUGAUGAUAACGCGGACACGUCCUACGGGUCCUCCAGCAAUACAGACGAGGAGCGUGGCAAGCUCGAAGAUAAGCGCGAGGAGAGAAAAGGUGGGAUUUUCGGCUCGGUCGAUCCCAGGCUUAUGAGCGAUCUAAUCAUCGGGCUGAGUGACGGGCUCACUGUGCCUUUUGCGCUGACCGCGGGGUUGUCGUCUCUGGGGGAUUCCAAACUCGUAAUCACUGGUGGUUUCGCCGAACUGAUCUCCGGAGCCAUUUCCAUGGGGCUCGGUGGCUACCUAGGCGCCAAGAGCGAAUCGGACUACUUCCACGCCGAGGUUAAGAAAGAGAAGCGCAAGUUCUACAACAAUAUGAAUUUGAUAAACCACGAAAUCGAGGAUAUCCUGUUAGAGAUCAAUCCCGAAUUCUCAGACGAAACUAUCAUAUCUUUUAUCAAGGAUCUGCAAAAAUCCCCAGAGCUGAUGGUCGACUUCAUAAUCAGGUAUGGCCGCGGACUCGAAGAGCCGGCCGAUAACAGGCAAACCACCAGUGCUUUGACCAUCGGUGGCGGCUACUUCGCGGGCGGCUUCGUUCCUCUGAUUCCGUAUUUCUUUGUGAAGGAGGUGGGGUCUGGCCUUAUUAUCUCCAUAAUAUUAAUGUCCAUUACGCUGUUCUGGUUUGGCUACAUUAAAGCUGCCAUAUCAAUGAGCGAUAGCUGUACGGUAAGGAAGAAAAUCGGUGAAGGUUUCCAGAUGAUGGCCGUUGGCGGAAUAGCCGCAGGCGCCGCAUGGUUUAUGGUUAGGGUCAUUGACAACUGA